AUGCUCUCCCGAUACGGCACUACCCAACUCCCACGCAGGUAUAACUGCAAUGUCCAACCCAAACAUAAAGGUGAUCAGACCCUCUGUUCAUUUUGCGUGGCGGAUGUCUUUGGUCCCUCAACGUACAAUGGUCUGUUGACGGCUGUGGGGGAACGCUCAAGCACGUUACGCUUUGCAUCAUCUUAUUCGCGCGUUUCAAGCGACAUUUACCGCGGGACGGUGGAUGGCUGUCUGUGGUGCACAGUCCUGGCAAACGCGCUACUUAGCAGUGCCGAGCUCGAUUAUUGGUACUACGCCUGGCAGGACAGUCAUACCGAUGGCGAGAGCAUGCUUGAUGAUGAGGAGGAUCCGGAAAGAAGCGACGGGAUAAGUCAGGAUGAAGAACAAGAUGAGAGCAUGGAGCCCCGGGAGCCCGCGGCGGGUGACGAAGAACUCGAAGCAGACAAACCGCGAUCAGUCGACUCAUCACACUUUGAGUCAUCACAUUCAUCACGGAGGCGCGACCAGCCCGGAUUUCUCAUACUGGAGGAUCUGGAUUGUGACGCUGAGAUCCAGGUCGACAUGACUUUCGUUGCCACACAAAAUGCAAACUUCUUUAAUUCCCUAAAGGUGCGCUUGGAAUUUGCAGGGCCGAACCCGCGUGAUCCAGACUGUGCUAUUUCAGGCCUUGUUGGGGACGAUGCCGUGGAUUUAUCUUUUGAGGUCAUAUCUCCCGGGUCGACUUCAAGACUCUUUCCCAGUGAAUGGGGAAACGUCUCUCCGACUUCACCAACGUGGCCAGCGCUAGCACGAACUUGGAUGUCGGCGUGCAAUAGUAGCCAUCAAUCCUGCAAGCCCACCAGGUCGCUUCAGCCAACUCGCCUGAUUGAUGUCACGGACCCUGACGGAGCGCGUCUCAUCCUCACAACUCCUGGAGAGCUACGCCCCUAUGCGGCCCUGAGCUACGUUUGGGGUGUCGACCAGGCGUAUAAACUAACAAAGGACACGCUAAAGGAGAAACAACGCCACAUCGACAUGACCCUCCUCUCUCGGACCAUCAAAGACGCCAUCACCGUUACCCGUCAGCUCAACCUCGGCUACCUCUGGGUCGAUGCCCUGUGCAUCAUCCAAGACUCCAAAGACGACAAGGCCAGGGAACUGCCGCUCAUGGGCGACAUCUACCGGAACAGCGCCGUCACAAUCAUCGCCGCAAGCGCGCCAUCCGCCAACGAGGGGUUCCUCCAUCCCUCAGAAUCUCCAAGGUUCUUCGCUCAACCUAUCGACAUCCCACUACUCGGACCCCGUGGCGAGAGGGAAAUCAUCCGCCUUGCAUACCGCAAAUACUACCUCCCCUCGGCAGAUCCGGCGAACUCCCGUGCAUGGUGUCUUCAGGAGCGCGUGCUCUCGACCAGGGUCGUGAGCUUCUCCUACGACGGUCUGAAGUGGAUGUGUCGAGAGAUGCACAUAAACCCCAGCGCCGCGGAAGAAGCUCCUCGGCCGUUCCAAAUCCUGGCCCCGCUUGCGGCCGAGUCCGAGUCGGGACCGGACGAGGACGUAAUCCUGGCGUUGUGGUACAGGAUCCGCAACGACUACUCCGGCAGGAAACUCACCAACGCGACGGACAAACUCCCUGCGAUAUCCGCUGUCGCUGCAGAGGUGGCGCGCCUUACCGGAUGGACGUACCUGGCAGGCAUGUGGAGGGAGAAGCUCCUGUCGGAGCUCCAUUGGGAAUGCGAGAAAAAGCGCGACUACUACAUCGCCCCGUCAUGGAGCUGGUGCAGCAUCGCCUCCGAGUCCGCUGCCGUUCUAGACGAUGAUAUGCAAGAGCGGCAACCGUUCCAGUUCGAGAUUCUCCAGUGCCAGGUCGAGCCUGUCAACAGGGGCUUUCCAUUCGGAGAGGUCAAGUCCGGAUUCCUCGAAGUCAAGGGCCUCGCGGUCGACCUCACUUGGGAGCUGCACGAUCUCGAGGAAGGCAAUCCGGGCAAUUCGGAUGUCCGCCUUGUAGAUGGGGAGGGAGACAGCAGGUAUAUCAUUGGAGAAGGAGUGCUUGAUGCUCGUCCAGAUGUGCCCAUACGGAAGGGAAAGAUAAAGUGCCUUGCUAUGAGCACGACCAAGGUUGGGGCGAGGAAGGGCUCACUUGUUGAUGGGCUAUUGCUGCAGCCGCAUGGGGAGGAUGGGGAGUUUCAUCGUGUGGGUAAAUUUCAGAUGUAUGGACCGACCGUGUUUGAAGGUGUGAGCGCGGAGGUCUAUAGGAUAGUGUGA